ACGCUUCCUCACUUCCACACCACACCCCAUUCCCAAACAAAACAAACACAAAACACAGAUCACAGAGAGAGAGACGUAGAGGGAGCCACCAGUCAUGGCUUCCAAGCUCUGCGACUCAUGCAAGUCCGCCACCGCCACCUUGUACUGCCGCCCCGACGCCGCCUUCCUAUGCGGCGCCUGCGAUUCCAAGGUCCACGCCGCCAACAAGCUCGCCUCGCGCCACCCACGCGUAGCGCUCUGCGAGGUAUGCGAGCAGGCGCCCGCGCACGUCACCUGCAAGGCCGACGCCGCCGCGCUCUGCCUCGCCUGCGACCGCGACAUCCACUCCGCCAACCCCCUCGCAAGCCGCCACGAGCGCCUCCCUGUCGCGCCCUUCUACGAGUCCGUACACUCCGUCAAGGCCUCCUCGCCGAUCAACUUUCUCGACGACCACCGCUUCUUCUCCGACGCCGACGCUGAUGUCAGCACCGAGGAGGCCGAGGCCGCGUCCUGGUUGUUACCUACUCCUAAAACAGAUCUAAAUUCCUCUCAGUACUUGUUCUCCGAAUCCGAACCCGUUCCCUACAUAGAUCUGGACUAUGCCGUCGCGGAUCCGAAAGCGGAUCCGAAAGGCUCCGCUACCGCCGACGGUGUGGUUCCGGUGCAGAGCAACUACGAGCCGUUCGCGUACGGUUACAAAUACAAUUCCACCACUCUCUCGCAGUCACAAUCUCAGAUGAGCCAAAGUGUAUCGUCGUCGUCGAUGGAGGUUGGAGUUGUGCCGGACGGAAACACGAUGUCGGAGAUAUCGAACUGCAGCUACAGCAAGGUGGCCGCGGUGACAGUAACGGCUCAGUUUUCGGCGGCGGAUAGAGAGGCGAGAGUGUUGAGGUACCGGGAGAAAAGGAAGAACCGAAAGUUCGAGAAGACAAUUCGUUACGCUUCGAGAAAAGCGUAUGCAGAAACGAGACCAAGGAUCAAAGGCAGGUUCGCUAAACGUUCUGAUGCCGACCCUCUGUCUGGAUACGGCGUCGUUCCGUCGUGCUGAUUUCGCUUUAUAAUAUAUAUUAUGUAUGAUGCUACUGCUACUUACUUUUUGUCUUCUUAUGUUUGUUUUGCUGUGUAUAUACUACGAUCUUUUUUGUUUGAAUUAAGCAAUGUAAAGUUGCAAACUGUGGAUCGAUUUUGUAGUUUGUUGGUUGUUUUUUGGGACCUUUUGCUUAUGUGAGAAGGUGAAAAAAGAAACGAUGAUGGCAAUUGCACUUCCUUUUCGGCUGUAGCUGCUGUGCAGAGUUUCUCAAAUCAAAUUCUGGAAAACCAUUGGUGAUGAACAUGUGAUUAAGAGGUUUCUUUAAUCACAAAUUAUAUU